UGAAAGUUUUUUUUAAAUGUCUAAUCUCAGCAAAACUACUGUGUUUCCUGUUUCUGUGGUUAAAGAGAUAAGAAAGAUAGGUUUUCUGGAGAGAUUAGCUACAACAUGCAGAAUGACUUAGUACUUAGAAAUCUUGUUCUUCCAAUAUGAAUAAACUGAUGACUAAUGGAUAUACAGUAACAUUGGUUGUAAAUAAGCAUAAAGGGAACAUCUAGAGUUGGAAAUAGCUAGUUAAGUCAUUGAGCCAAAAUCUUCUUGGUACAGAAUCCUUAUUACCUUUCUUUCCAGAAUUAAUUCAAUAAAGAUUCUGACCUACUUUUAUUGAGUAAUUGGUUCCACUGUUAAACUUGUUUUAUUCUUAGGAUUCUUUUUCUAAUAUUCAGCCAAAUCUGCUUUCUGAUUGAGGCAUUUGAUUCUAAUUUCCUAGAACAUCUUUGUUAUCUUGAUAUUUCUUUCUCAUUUGAUGAGAACCCACUGGUGAAUUCUCUUAUGAGUAUGGUCAAUAUAUAUAUACUUAAAUCUCAUGCAAUCCAUCCAGUUUUUAACUAGCUAGCUGAUCAAUUGUCAUACGAUAACUUUCUCAAAUGCAAUAAGGCUAAUCUAGCAAGAUCUAUUUUUAACAAAUUCAUAGCAUAGAAAAUCCAUUUACAUUGUCCAGUUGUCAGAUUCCAAUGUACAAUAAUCCUAAUUUCACAUGCCAGCAAAAUAAUACUUACAAUCACCCAAAACAAAUUACACCGCAUUUAGAGAAAUGCUAGAUGUUCUGGCUUAUUUUGGCAAAAAUCAAGCAACAAAUUGCAUUCUCUUUCAACCUUUUUUUUUAACCUCUCUCUCUUUUUUUUUUUUAGGAAAAGAAAAUCCCUCCAGAUUCAAAAGAGCGUUCUCCUUUGGCUUGAGAAUAUUAACAAGAUAUUUGACCAAUUACUCUUGAUUAGUAACUUUGUUACAUAGUAUAUGGAGCAUCUAAGGAAUGAGGAGGUAAUUCCACUCUUUUUAAAAGAAAGCUUCAAAAAAAAUGAUACAGAAAGCCCAUACAACUAUAGGCAUGAGGCUAAUAUUUCCGUAAAGGUCGGUCUGUUUCACUUUCUGGCUUGUAGACAACAUUGUACUAGGUAAUCAUGAAAGAAACUGAAUGUGCAGGUAGUCCUCGACUCACAAGCAUUCAUUUCAUGACCAUUCAAUAUUAUAAUAGCACUGAAAAAAACUGACUUGUGACCAGUUUUCACACCUACAACCAUUGCAACAAUCCCAUGAUUAUGUGAUCAAAAUUUGGGUGCUUGGCAUCUGGCAUGUAUUGUCCUAGGGACAUGUCAUCACCAUAUGUAACCUUCACAGUUGGCUUCUAAAAAGCAAAGCCGAUGGGGGGGAAGCCAGAUUUGCUUAACCACUGCAUGUUUCACUUAACAACUUUAGUGAUUCAUUUAAUAACUGACAAAAAAGGUUGUAAAAUGGGGCAUAACUCACUUAACAACUCUUUUGUUUAGCAAUGGAAACACUGGGCUCAAUUGUGGUCAUAAGUCAAGGACUACCUAUAUUUCACAAUAUCUCACCACCACAACAGCAGCAGUCCAAACAGCAUUGAUGUCGUUAAUUUUUUGUAAGCUUUCUAAACAAUUCUGGUUUUAGUACCUCUUGGAAAACUAACAAAAUGCAGGCCAGUCUCAUUUCUAGAGAGAGAUUCUUCCAUGCUAUAGGAUAUAUUGUCUGCAAUUCUAGCAACCACCAGAAUCAGAGAUUAGAAUUUCCAUCAGUUUAUGAGUUAUCUUUUCAAAAGGUCUAAUAGCAGACCUGUGGUAAUGAUCUUGAUGGGGAAAAAGUCAAAAGAGGCUUUAACCCUUUGCUGUGAGCUUGACCCAGAUAUAUUGUCUUUCCCGCCUGUAAUUUGCAUUUUUAAACCAUGAUAUCACAUUUAGGUUGACCUUAACUUGCAUGUAUCAAGGUAACAAAACCCCUUUUUACCCCCAUCAUCAUCAAUUGGGACACUUCAUAAGUAAUUUACUGUAUCUGUGGCUUUUUUUUUUAUGUUGUGGUUAAUAAAUUGUCAGGAAGUGGAAAGUGUGAGACCUGAUGAUGUCAUUUUAACUCAUCUCUAUUAUAUGAGCACAGUAGUAAUGGAUAUGCACACACACAUAUAUAAGAGUACCUUCAGCUGUUUUAAAUUACAUCCAAAAAGUUCAAUCCACGGCUGUAGCUGAGACAUUCCAGGGCUGACUGCUGUUCUUUUGGAACUAUGAAUCUAUGGAAGACUUGGACAAGAUGCUAUCUUCUUUCGGUGUUCUGCUGUUAUUACCUCUUCCUCCUCACUGUUGCAAGUCCUUUGCCCUUGAACCAAACAAGCACGCUAAAUGAUCAAUCCUGCAGCCUUAACCGACAUCACUUCAGGAGGUUUGCCUUCAAGAACAUGACCUAUACCGUGGCCAGAGAGGCAAGAGUUUAUGAUCAGGACACAGUUAACAGGUUUGUGGGACAGGAUUUAUACAUCAACGUCACGACUAAUGAACGUUGCUACUUAAUGAAAAGAGUAACAGAUACUGUCACACAUGUCCUCCAUGAUCUGAAGAAUCCAAAUCCCAAUUUCCUAGAAGUAAUAUAUUUUUUUGCGGAAUUGACUAGAGAACUGCGUGACUGUAAACCACUGGAAGAUACAAGAUACAUAGAAGGAAAUUUGAAAAGAAUGAAAGAUAAAUUAGAACAGUUGGGAGACAAUGGAAUGAACAAAAUGGUUGGUGAACUUGAUUUGCUGUAUGAGUAUCUGAGGGAUGCAUGUACUUCAAAGAAAGCAAGCAGUGGGCACAAGGACAAGAAGAACAAAGAAUCGUCAAAAUUAUGAUAUGUUUUUCAUAUACUGAAGAAAAAGCAAUAUAUAUUAGAGGUCAGUGUUAAGGUCAGUUUGCAGAAAUUUUUGUUUAUAUGAUAAAAAAAAUUACAAAUAUUUUUGGAUGCUGCAGUUUCUGAGAUUUCAGAUAUAUCUCAAAUUAUUUACUUCUUUCCAGAAUAAUAAUAAUAAUUAUUAUAUUAGCUUUGACCAAUAUUUUAUUACGAUAGGCCUAAUUUAUGUACGAGAAAAUGAUGUUUUUAUGUCAAAGAAUUUUAAGCAUAAUGUAAAGGAGAAUUUAAUAUUGAUUAAGCUGAGGACAGACUAACUAAAAGUGUUUAAACAAUGGGGCUGCUGCUAAGCUGAUGGUUAGUUCGGACUCACAGCAAACUCAAUCAGUAGCACUUUCAGUCACAUAUCCUUGUACAAAAAAUUAUUGUGAAUUCAGAAAGCUCCUCUUGAACUACCACCAUCAUAGCAUUAGGGUGCUUAAUGUGCAGAACAGUAAUAUAAAAUUGUGCUCAACUAGAAGUCACUGGUUUAAACCAGUAGUGCGUUUCAAUUUCGGCCACUACUGGUUCACUCAUGGUUGCUCACGCGCUUGUGCAGAAGCUUCUCUGCAUGAGCAGAGACGUCCAGGCGGAUGGGUGGAGCAUCCUGCUGCCGCCGCUACCGGUUCACCCAAUCUGGGCCGAACCGAUAGCAACCCGCCACUGGUUUAUCAGACCUUGUUCAUACUGAAUGUGGAUCAGGGAUGGUGAGAGUUAGUACAGUAAAACUUAAAGCAGCCUUUCUGCUAUAUACACCUUUCAAAAUGAAUUAAAAUGGCAAUUAUUCAUCCAUACUAUUUUAUGCCAUAGAUGUGGUCCUAAUACCUCUGGAGAGCUAUAGUUGGAGAAAGUUAUAGAUCCUCCAAUUAUGUUGUAGACAAAUUAUAUGUAAGCAUCUAUUCAUGUUGAAUAUUUAUAAGAAUUGGAUGCCCCUUUCUAGUCUGGGAUUCUUAUUUUUAGAAUCUUUGCAAGAAAGUGAAUUUAGAAAAUAGUGUUUUUAUGCUUGAUCCCUAUCAUAAAAUUUAUUAGCUAUUUCUAGAACCAGAAAGUCUUCCUCAAUCUGUUAUCCUGAAGAUCUGUUGGACCACAAAUGGCCUCAUCAUCAGCCAGAUCACCUAAUGAUUUUGUGGUUAGAGAUUAUAGGAAUGGAGGUCCAAUGCAACUAAUGAUUCCCUUGGAGCUCCAACUGAAUAAGUAACAAUUAUGAAAGUGGAAAUUUUGAUAGUAUCCUGGCAAGUGAUACAAUUUUAUAUAUUUAAGUACCUGAAUAAUUUUUUGAGAAUAUUUUACCUGCUAACAGUAUUGUCUUCAAAGAAUCACUAUAUGUUUUCCAUAACAUUUUAAUGAGUAUUACCACUGGAUAUAACUAAUAAUUUAUUGUUAUAUUUUGUUAUAUUUGAUAUAUUUGGAUAUAAUUUAUAUGAUUUAUUUAUGUUCACACAUGUACACAUUUUUUAAUAAAACUGAAUAUUAGAUUUGUUUAAUGUUUGAAAAUUAGCAAUAAAAAGUCAUUUGUUU